CUUCAUGCAAUUGCUAAUGGACGAAGAGGAAGGACAACUUGACACGCAACACGAAAAAGUAUUUGAAAAGGAUCAUCGGCUGUUCAACCUCGGUUCUGAUAUCAAGCCAGACGUUUCAUCAUCGUCGAAGAUAAAACUUACGGAAGAUGAAGCAAUGGCACAAUGUAUACUAUUUUUUAUCGGCGGCCAAGAGAAGAUUUCGAGCACGAUUGCCAGCACCCUAUACCUGUUGGCCAUUCAUCCUGAAGUACAGGAGAGACUGAGGAAGGAAGUCGAUGAAUGUUGCGCGGCCCACGGCGAUUGUCCUGACCUGGAUACCAUCACGAAGCUGAAUUACCUUCGCUGCGUUGUUUCGGAGACUAUGCGCUUGUAUCCAAAUGGAUCACGACUUGAGCGAUCGCCUUGUAAAGACUACACUCUCGGACACACGGGAGUGAAGGUGACAAAAAGUGAUAUCAUCGCGGUUCCCAUCUACGCCAUGCACCACGACCCGCAGUACUUUCCCGAACCAUUCACCUUUGAUCCCGAAAGGUUCAACGACGAGAACGUGGGUUCAAUCCAGCCGUACACUUACCUGCCCUUCGGUGCGGGACCGCGCAAUUGCAUUGGCAUAAGCUUCGCCCUGCAGGCGGUGAAACUGUCAGUGUUUCACGCCAUUCGCAAUGUGCAAGUGGUGCGGACUGAAAAGACCAAAGUUCCCUUGGAAUUCCAAAAUGGGUACAACCUUAUGACUGCUAAGGAUGUCACGCUUGGAAUCAGGAAGCGUGUGUAAUGACACAGCCUGGAGUUUCUUUUGUCUCGCCUUCACCUCAGGGGAAUGUGAACCGGUACAUAUGAAAAGAGCGCUGAUGCAAAUGGUCUGGCAGCGGGCGCUUUGAAUCAUCGCAAUGUCCUUUGAAAUGUCGGAUUUUGCGUGCACUAUUCUGUCAUUGUAAAAAUAAAAUAUGCAAACGUCUCA